GUUUUCCCUAUCAAUGCAAAUCCUUGUACUACCUUUUGAGCAAGCCAUCUUUUUCUCUUCCUUUCUCUUCCGGGAACUAAAAACUGUGGGGUUCGUUCGUCAUGGGAAGGACCUAGUGACGCAGAUGUAGGGCUUUCAUGGGACGUGUGGGCUCGAGCGACCUUGAUAGUGUCACCUGGCAAGUCCAAUGCAGCGACAUCCUGUCCCAGGGGGAGUUCUGGUAUUGCCUCUCCUUUAUCCACAGAUGUACAUUGGAUCGUCUGUUCUUCAUUAUCGUCUACUUCAUGACUAAAUUGUACAGUAUUUCUUCACCGGAACUAUAUCCAACAGUCCUAGUGCUAAGACAAUCGGAUACUAUACACUAACUGUACAAGAGAAUUCACUUCAUUAAAAUACAGGAAAAUCCCAUACACAUAUUGAUUGCGUUGCAGUCGCCAGUAGGCAAGCAGCACAUCGCGGUGCCCCAGAUC